AUGGGUAACUGCAUCGGCAUCAAUCGUAAUGACGAAACGCUGGACCUUGGAUCGAAUAAUGUGUCCCGGCCAGUUACGGGAACCACAUCCAGCUUUGUCGGUGUUCAGCGCAAAAAUCAUCCUCUCUGUCAUGAAACAAUACGCUGGAAAUCGGAAGUGCCAUUAACGGAAGGGCAGCUCAGGAGCAAACGUGAUGAGUUCUGGGACACGGCUCCCGCGUUCGAGGGCCGAAAAGAGAUAUGGGAUGCGCUGCGAGCGGCGACCAGUGCGGCCGAGGCGCUUGAUUUUCAGCUGGCCCAAGCAAUACUUGAUGGGGCUAACAUAUCGGUCCCCAACGGAUACCUCACGGAAUGUUACGACGAACUUGGUUCGCAGUAUAAAUUACCAAUCUAUUGCCUAUCAUAUCCUGUCAACGUAGUUAAGGAAGAUUACGGAUGUGACUCACCAGCUGAAUACUCGGAACCAGUCGAUGGUGGUACGGAAGUUAUUCUUAAACUUCGAUUAUCGUCGACAUGUACAGACGUUAAGCUACCAGUUUAUUCUAAAGACACUAUUGGACAAUGUAAAAAGAAACUUCAGGCUCAGGAAGGAAUAGAUGCAUUUACUCAGCGAUGGUUCUACGGUGGCAAAUUGUUAGGUGAUAAAAUGCACAUCGAUGAGGCCCACAUACAGCCCGGAUACAUUGUGCAGGUUAUUGUAAAUACCGAGAAGCAAUCGUCAUUAGCCAUCAGCUAG